AUGGCUACCCCCCAGUUGAUCUUCGUCGACGGCACCUUCGCCGAGUUGGCGCAGGAGAUGGCCGACUUCAUCCAGGUCGGCGAGCAGGUCCAGCCUCUCCUCGAGCAGGACAAGCGCGAGGAUGCCCUGGACGUUAUCGUCAAGGCCUCCCACAUCCUCAACGGCGCCCCCGAGAAGGACUUCACCCCCGCCUACAACCUCCUCAUCCACCUCGUCCUCCAGUCCGAGGAGCCCAAGAAGUACCUGCCCACCCUCUGCGGCAACCUCCUCAAGCCCAUCACCGGCUCGCCCACCCACGGCUUCACCCUCGCCUCCAAUGCGCUCACCACCAUCUUCAACCUCCUCGACAAGUCCAACCCCCUGCGCUUCAACGUCUUUAUGCAGAUCGUCCGCUUCAUCAGGCAAAACAGCCAGUUCGACCUCCUCAAGCCCAGGUUAAAGAACGUCGAGGGCUGGCUCCAGGAGUGGAAGUCCGACUCGGACAGCCAGCGCAAGCUCUACGUCGAGGUUUCCGAUGCCGCCAACGACGGUGGUGAUCAGGAGGAGUCCUACUUCUACCUCCUCAAGGCUCUUGCCACCUUCGACCGCGACAACCAGGAAGAGGUCACCUCCGAUGAGGCCCAGAAGCUCUCCCUCCGCGCCCUCCGCAUGGCCAUCUCGUCGCCUACCCGCUUCGACUUCAACGACCUGCGCUCGCUCCCCUCGGUCCAGGCCCUGAACGACUCGCACCCCGUCUACUCGCAGCUGCUCGACAUCUUCACCGAGCAGGACCUCGAGGACUACAACGACUUCAGGGACGAGCACCAGGGCUGGAUCGAGAACGAGAAGCUUGACCACGACAAGCUGCAGCGCAAGAUGCGCCUGCUGACCUUUGCGUCGCUCGCCGCCAGCACCCCGAACCGCGAGAUCCCCUAUGCCAGCAUCGCCAAGGCCCUGCAGAUCCCCGACGCGGACGUCGAGAUGUGGACCAUUGACGUGAUCCGCUCCAAGCUGGUCGAGGGCCGCCUGUCACAGAAGCAGAAGGUGUUCCUGGUUCACCGCACCACCUACCGCGUCUUCGGCGAGAAGCAGUGGCGCGAGCUCGGCACCCGCGUCGACCAGUUCAAGACCGUCGUCGACAGGCUCGUCGGCGUCGUGCGCAAGGCCCAGUCCGAUGUUGAGGCCCAGCGCGAGCGCGAGCAGCAGGAGCUCGAGCGCAAGCUGGCCAACGCCGGCCUGGACGAGCCCCAGCAGCGCGGCGGUAACCGGGGAGGACGUACUGGCGGUCAAAGGCAGACCAGGCCCCGUACUGAUGAUGAUGACUAA